CAGUGAGUAAAUGAUGGCUGACAGUGAGGCAGCAGCAGCAGCAGGGAUGGCUCACAGCUUCACUCAGGAGUAUUUUCAGAUCCCAGUGGUGACCCGAGCCUACACCACCGCCUGCGUCCUCACCACCGCUGCCGUGCAACUUGAGGUCAUCACGCCCUUCCAGCUCUACUUUAACCCAGACCUCAUCAUCAGAAGAUAUCAGAUAUGGCGCCUGAUAACCAGCUUCCUCUUCUUUGGUUCUCUUGGAUUCAGUUUCCUGUUCAACAUCAUCUUUCUUUAUCGAUACUGUCGGAUGCUGGAGGAAGGAUGUUUCCGAGGAAGGACGGCAGAUUUUGUUUUCAUGUUCCUGUUUGGAGGAAUCGUGAUGACUCUGUUCGGUCUGUUCGCCAACAUCUUCUUCCUGGGUCAGGCCUUCAUCAUCAUGCUGGUGUACGUGUGGAGUAGAAGACAUCCGUUCGUACGCAUGAACUUCUUCGGCCUCCUGAACUUUCAGGCUCCGUUCCUGCCCUGGGUGCUCAUGGGAUUCUCGCUGCUGCUUGGAAACUCCAUCAUGGUCGACCUCCUAGGCAUCAGUGUGGGUCACAUGUACUACUUCCUGGAGGACGUGUUUCCAAACCAGCCGGGAGGAAGGAAGCUGCUGAUGACGCCAGAACUUCUGCGAGCAAUGUUCGACCGGCCGGAGGACCCAGAUUACCGUCCCCUCCAAGAGGAGCAGCAGGGUGAAGAUCUACAGCAGGACGAGGAGCAGAACAACUAACAGCACUGAGGCCAAGAUGAGGAUCUGUGGAGCCCUGAGUCCCUGCAGAGGACACUUUUUUUAACCAAAAAUACCAAAGCAUUUUGGAGUAUUUUGGCACGUUCACACUAUGUAUUUUAACUAUCAAGCGUUCUUUUGUCUAAAUAAGAAGACAGCAGCACAGAGAUGGCACAAAAAGUCUCAGCAGAAGACUGUGCUGCAGGAUCUUUGGGACAAAGAAGCAUAAUUUUAACAAGUAACCAGAACUGACCCCAAAAUGCAUUCAGGCGAUAAAAAGGACAAAGGACUCAGUUUCUAUGUCUUGGAAAUCGAAGCAGAACAAACCUCAAGACAACCUGUGGAGUAUCUGACCACGACUCAACAGAGCAAUGUUUUCACAAGUGGGUCCCUGUUUUGUUUGUAACGUACACGAGCAUGCGGGCGACGAAAGAAGAGACUGCUCACAAGUAAACAUGGAUGUUACCACAACAGGAUUUCAAAUGUUUUCCAAAUGAGCUUUGCAAGUGUUUUGUGAUGAAGGAAAUGCACUCAGCAUGUUUGUGAGACCUCCAGGAUACACAAAAUGAGCUCUGAUUGUAAACAGACACCUUGUUUGUUUACAACAAAACACUACAGAGCACCUCUAAAGGUCCACUUACUGCCCUGUUUGAGCGUUCACUAUCUCAGGGGUCUCAGGGGUCAGGUAAAAACAGACAGGGUCACCCCAAUGUUCCCAGGGUCCUAUGCUCACAGGGUCCUUCAUCGAGUUUCAAAUUAGGAUUAGAGAGAACACUCACAAAAGAAACUGUAAAGCGUGUGAAAUAAUGUUGUACCAUUCCAGAGCUAUGUUCUUUAAAAGUUACUCUGUUCCUUCUCUUCUGUGUCGAGUGUGUCUCUUGAUGUAAACCAACACUGUCAGAGUUUGUUAAGGGCUGUCUUAGCUGUAGUUUGAAUUAGGGAUGCACCGAUUUAUCAGCCAAACAUCAGUAUCGUAGUGUUGUGUCGUUCUUUUGAACGAAUUGUUCAAAAGAACGAAUCUGUUGAGUGAACGUACUGAACUGAAUCACUUCCGGAACUGAUUCGUUCAUUUCUCAGUUCAGUUGAGCUCAGCAGCGAGCGUGUGGGCCCGGAGUGGAGCUGCCGAUUCAGUCCGUGCGAACGAUGAAUCACUCGCAAGUCGCAAGGCAGCCAGGGUGCAGGAGGGACUGCCUACCAUGUGACGAAACACUCGGUGAACGAAUCACUCAGUGAACGAUGUAACCCCUAUCCCUGAGUGAUUCAAAUAAUUUCUUCUCAGCGAUACACUUUCAUAGGGACCGUUUUCUCCAAGCUAACGGCUAAUGUAGCCAGGAGUCAAGCCACAUGAACACAAUCACACACCUCCUCAUUGUUUUAACAGACUUAGUUUUCAGAUAAACGAACUUAAAACAUUAGGCUGGCUAAUGCUGAGACUCACCAGUGCAGGGCAGACGCAGCAGCAGCUCAGACGUGUAUCAGUUCAGUGAGUCGGACUACUCAGUACACAGUCAGGGCUCCUCCCGCCAAGCACUGAACAAUUCGGUGAACGAAUCUUUUGAACAAAUCUUUUUAAUGACCUGAUUCUAGUGAUUCAGUAACAUGUAAAGAACUGCUUUGCCCAUCACUACAGUAUCGGCCGAUAUUUGCCUUGUUGACUGCUAUCAGCCUAUUGGCAACUAACAUGACACUCCCUGGUGUUUUUCUGUUGCAUCACAUUUAGUUUGCGCAGGCUAAAAAGCAGGGCUCCACACUAACAGCAUCCUGUUGUCCUGAAGUCAACAGAAAAUGUGUUUGGGAUGAACAAACAUCUUCCCUGGGACGUCCUCAGGAUGAAAGGACACAGUAACUCACCAUCGUCGUGCCAGGGGACGCACCCUAUUGAGACUUAGUUAACAUAAGCUCUAAUCAGCUGAUGACCAGACCUACCUGCUGACGGAGGUUGUGUUGAGUUAUAUUGUGAUGUGUUCAAGGUCAAUACAGUAAAAAUGAGCAUUACGCGAAGGUGAAUUAUAACGUUCUCAUGAUGUGUUCAAAUAUUAUGUUGUUUUUGGCAGUAAACUUGAAUAAAUUCAGCUGUUUGAAGGAGACAAACAAACAAGGAAAUGAUUCUGUAACACAAUUUAAAUUUUCCCAGCUUUUUUCUUUUUUCCAAAAUAAUUUUCUAAAUAUAUUGGUUGUUUUUUUUUUGCUUUUUUGGAAAUUUGUAGGACAAGAAAUCACACCAAUCUGCGUCUGAAAGCAGCACAAGAAAAGAGAUGUUGCUCCAGGUUUCAGUGGGUUCAUACAUUCUUCAUUUUAAGGCCACUUUGUAUGUCAGAACUUCCCUACACUUAAUUUUCCUUCCCAUAGUGUUUUACUGUAAAGAAGGUUUCCCCCGACAAGAAAAAAAAAACCCUGGUUGAAUCUGUGCAAACACAGACUUGGUUUCUUGACGUUGACCCUCGUCAGUCUGACCUCAGCUAAGACUCAUAACACAACAGUUCUGUUAUGAGGGAGGAUGAAGUAUGUGUUCUGUUGUUGGAGGUCCCACAGUGACUUGUUUGCGUGUUGUUGUGCUAAGCAAUUUCCAUUUUGUCCCUCUCAGUGUUUGACCCACAAAGGCAGCGGGUGAAAGUGCAGAGUGUGCAGACGGGGCUGAUGGGAUUUCAGGCCGUCGGCAGUUCUGUGAACCAGCAGCGGUGACACAACAGCAGAGGACGGGAGUUAAAAUGUUUAGUCCUGCUCCUGCUCAGUUCUUCCUCAGCAACGUUCAAAUACCACAUUUAUACAUCUGGUCGUGUCGACACUAGAGGAGCCAAACUGUGGUCAGAAAUUAGAGUUUGAAGAUGUGUCCAGCUGUUUUUGCUUCUUUCAUUCAGUGUUGAAUGUGCUUUGUAGGAUGUUUGUUUGUGCUCACAGAUUUUGAGUGAAAAACUUUGUAAACAGACGUCAGGUGAAUCAGUCUGGUUUGGGAUUUUGUCAAGAAUAUUGAGGCAUAAACACAAAUUUGGCUCUUAAAAUGAACUUAUGGUCUUUGAUAUGAUUCAUUUUGACCAUGGAAGUGCACUCAUGAUCUUAAACAUCAUAUGUGACAGAUUGAUCUCAACCCAAAGAUCCACUUACUACCUUUUAAUGUAUCUCAUGAUCUUUUGAAACAUGUUACAAUUCCCCCCCAUG